UCCCUAAAGCUAAAACUCCACUCAAUUUUCUCUUCUCUCUCUCUCUCCCACUCAUCACCCCAUCUCUUUAGAGAGAAAGAAAGAGUAGAUCUGCUUCAAUUCUUAGCUCCCUCAAUCAAAUAUGAUGAAAGUGGUGUUGAAGUUGGAUUACAAGGAUGAGAAAACGAAGCAGAAGGCGAUGAAAAAGGUGUCAAGCCUUGAUGGAGUGGAAUCCAUCUCGAUAGACAAAGACAAGAAACUAACGGUGACAGGGAGCAUAGACGCAGUGUCAAUUGUGGGCAAGCUGAGGAAGAUCUGCAACACAGAUAUCGUGUCUGUCGGCCCAAAGGAGGCGGAGAAGAAGAAGGAAGACGGCGGCGCCAAGAAGGACGACGGGAAGAAAGAUGAGAAGAAGGGCGGCGGCGAUGACAAGAAAGAUGAGAAGAAGGGCGGCGGCGAUGACAAGAAAAAAGAUGAAGCGGCGGCCAAGGCAGCUCCUAUUCCCAUCCACCAAUAUUAUUACCAUCAACAACAACAACAUCCUUAUUAUCAUCAACAACAACAACAUCCUUAUUAUAAUCAACAGUACCCGCCGCCCUAUUCCCAUCCAGCGUAUUAUAAUGGCGGCUACAAUAACAGGACUGUGGAAGAAGAUCCAAACGCCUGUGUUAUUUCUUAAUUUCGAUCUGCAGAUCAGAUCAGAGAUGAGAUUUAUCCUAGCUAAGCUGCUACGAGUGAUAAAUAGCUGCUUAAUCAAUCCAGCUAUAUAUAUACGUAUAUUAUUAUUGUAGAGCAAAUUAAAUUGUCUUAAUUUCUCCACUCUCAAUCUCUUUCUGUUUAAUUUAAUUUGUUUAUAUUCUUAAAAUUUGCUACGAUAUGAUGAUUUUUUAUUGAUAUCAGUUCUCAAGUUUCAAUGCCCUGUUGAGAGAACAUAUAGCUGUAGAAAAAGUAAAAUUCUGGGGUGGAAAAGCAGUAUGAAAUACUGUAAAAAAUAUCGAGUUUUCA